CAUGAUUGGGUGUAUUAUAUUGCUAACCUUUUGUAUCGACGUAUGCAUUAUCUAGUGUUUGUUACAUACAUCUUCUACAUAACACCGCAAUGUGUUUCUCGAAGGCAGGCAUGAUUAUUCCACCGGCGCCAAUAAGGUAGCACAUUGCCACAUGGAGAGCCUUCCCAUCUUGUCUGCUCGUCGUCCAUGAACGCACCCCAACAAAUUUAAAUCCACUUCUUGGAAGCUGCUGCUGCUGCUGCUUUGAGCUUUCAAGCAGCACACACCCCCACUUCAACGACGCUCCUGCUUACAGUACAGUGUACAUAUAUGCUCCUCGUCCUCGAUCUCUUUGCCGGCUUGCCCCCCAUUACUUUGGUAGGCCGUCCUGCUGCUUGCUCAGCUCGCAUAUAAACUUGUCUCUUCUCAUGCAGAGCUUGAGAGCUAGCUAGAUGUGCAUAUAGCCAGUAGAUUAGAUCCCGGCCAAUCUUGAGAGGGAAACGCAAAAGCCUCUGGCUUUUCGGAAGGGUGCUUUGCUCUUUCCAGCCUGCAGGCCCUGGUGUUUAUAUAACUUGGAAGCUUCAGUUGCUGACAGCCAGAGAGAGGAUGGGGCGGACGAAGAAGCUGGGCCUGGACAAGGUGCUCGACUGCUUCUCGCUGUCCCUGUGCUCCAACGCCUGCGCCUGCAUACAUUCCGUGGAGGAGGAGGAAGACGAGGACGAGCGGAAGGCCCUGGUGAGCAGCCAGCUGGAGGAGCUCGUCAAGCUCAGGGACUUCGUCGAUGGAGCUGCCAAGACUCUUGCUUUCCAUCUAGAGCCAAAGACUGUGGAGCUCAAGGUGUCGAUGCACUGCUAUGGAUGCGCCAAGAAAGUCCAGAAGCACAUCUCCAAGAUGGACGGUGUGACAUCGUUCGAAGUAGAUUUGGAGAACAAGAAGGUGGUAGUGAUUGGGGACAUCACGCCGUAUGAGGUGCUGGAGAGCAUCUCCAAGGUGAAGUUCGCGGAGCUAUGGGUGGCGCCCAACUCCAAGCAGCAAGCUGCGGAGAGGUUGUAGGUGUGGAGGAUUUCAUCAACGCUCAUGUCCUCAUAUUCAUCGGUGUAACUCAGGCGGCUCGCAAAAGAACUUACUAGAAGUACUAUAACUAGGAAGGAAGCCAUCAUUGUAUUAAGGAACAUGUUGCUCUGCGUUUUAUGGAAAGGGCAAGUUUUAUGUAAAGGGCAAUUGGGGAACAUGUGCUUGCAUAAACAUGUGCUUUGUUCGGCUUAUCGUUUCUGCGGCCGAUG